ACGGCUGCCGCCGGACUGGGGCACAAAGACCCGGUUGGCGUAGUCAAGAUUCUUUGUCCUUGCCUGGGAGAACAGUUCAGGGGACAGACGGCCCCAAGACUACCAAGAACCCAGAUCCAGGGAUCACUGACAUUUGGGGAUGUGGCUGUGGCCUUUACCCAGAUUGAAGGGAGACACCCGGAUGCUGCUCAGCGGGCCCUGUACAGGGAUGUGAUACUGGAGAACUAUGGAAAUCUGGUGUUUGUGGGGCUUCUCUCUUCCAAACCCAAGCUAAUAACCCAGUUGGAGGAAGAACCAUGGAUGGAAGUAUAAGGGGUUCCAUCAGGUACUUAUACAGUUCAGGAGUACAUAUUUGAAACAAAGAUGUCAGCCCUGCAGCAAAAUACUUCUGAGAGAUCUGAUUUGGGAGAACAAACAAAAAGUGUCAUGAUGGAAAGAGGCCUGGAUUGGGAAGGCAGAAGUUGCAUAGAGAAGCACUAUAAAUGCAAGGAAUGUGGGAAAGUCUUCAAAUAUAAUUCCUCCUUUAUUAGCCACCAGAGAAAUCGUACUGCUGAGAAACCCCAUAAAUGUAAAGAAUGUGGGAUAGCCUUUAUGAGCAGCUCAUCCCUUUUAAAUCAUCAUAAAAUUUACAUAGGCAAGAAAUGUUUCAGAUGUGUUAAAUGUGGAAAAUUUCUCAAGAAGCAGUCAACAUUUGUUAAUCGUCAGAAAAUUCAUUCUAGAGAGAAACUCCAUAAAUGCAAUGAAUGUGGAAUUUUCAGAAAUAAUUCUGUUCUUUUAAGUCACCAGAGACUUCAUACUGGUUAGAAACCCUACAAAUAUAAUGACUGUGGGAAAGCCUUUGCUCAGAAUUCAGGCCUUGCUCAUUAUGUGAAAAUACAUAGUGGAGAGAAGCCAUUUAAAUGUAAUGAACGUGGGAAAACUUUCAGGGAUAACUCAGCUGUCUUGUAACAUCAGAGAAUACAUACUGGUGAGAAACAGUAUCAGUGUAAUGAAUGUGGAAAAUGCUUUUUUAGGAAAAGCUCAAGUCAUGUUAGUCGUCAAAGAAUGCAUACAGGAGAGAAACCUUAUCUCUGUAGUAAAUGUGGAAUCAGGUAUAGCUCAUCCUUUGCUGGACAUCAGAAAACUCAUAGUGGAAAUAAACCCCAUCAAUAAACCCCAUUACAUCAGUGUAAUGACCGUGGGAAAGCCUUUAGCAAGAGCUCAGCCCUUACUGAACAUCAGAGAAUUCUUACUGGAGAAAAGCCCUAUUGCUGUAAGAAAUGUGGGAAAUCCUUCAGGCAUAGCUCUGGCCUUGCUGAACAUCAGAAAAUCCAUACAGGAGAAAAACCUUAUGAAUGUAAUGAAUGUGGGAAGGCUUUUCCUUAGAAUUCAAGCCUCAAACAACAUAAGAAAAUUCAUAACAAAGAAAGAGCCAUCAAAUGUAGUUAGUUUGGUAAAUCAUGCAGAGAUAGUUUAUUCCUUUUUGACCAUCAAGGAGGAGACAUUCAAUAAAUUAUACACUUAAUGAA